AUGCCAUACUCCCUUCCCGGCCGGAAUGUCCUGGUCAUCGGUGGAUCCCGAGGAAUCGGUGCUAUUAUUGCUAAGAAGUUUGCGGCCGAAGGAAGCAAUGUCGCGAUCAAUUACAUGUCGAGCAAGGAAACCGCCGAGAAAGUUGCCGGGGAUCUUGCUGGGAAGUACAAUGUGAAGACGGUCGUGAUUCAGGGGGACGCUGGAAAGCAAUCCGAAGCUACAAACACCGUUAAAUCAGCCAUUGAACAACUUGGAGGUCUGGAUGUCGUGAUUUCGAACGCUGGCUGGACAAAGAUGACCAAUUUCGGGGAUCUGGACGCUAUGGAUGAUGAUGAUUGGGAUAAGUGCUGGAAUAUCAAUGUCAAGAGCAGCUUCUAUUUGUUCAAGGCUGCCAAGCCGACUUUUGAUGCCAAUCCCGAGGGUGGUGCAUUUAUUAUCACUGCUUCGACUGCGGGUAUCGUUCCUAGUGGCAGCAGCGUGCCAUAUGCCGUGACUAAGGCAGCCGUUAUUCAUCUAAUGAAGUGCCUUGCGCAGACCCAGGGUCCCAAGGUCCGCGUCAAUGCUGUGUGCCCUGGUCUCAUGCUCACCGAAUGGGUAUGUAUCCUGGUAUUCGAAGACAGCCGGAUCACAUUUCUGACAAUAUCGCAGGGUCAGCAAUUCACCCAGGAGAAAAUCAAAGCCAUGACAGACAAAAUGACACUGAAUAAGCUGCCCGAGGUAGAGGAUGCAGCGGAAAUGUACUUGUCAAUUGCGAAAAACUCUUCCAUGACUGGAGCAGCAGUUCAAAUCGGUAUGAACCCUGAUAUUCUAAAGCUAGGAUGCGGCUGA